GAGCGAUUCAGCGCGUCUACAGAGGGAACGGCACUUUGGCCGGCGGUACUUUCAGUCCCUUCAAUUGGCGGGAUCCCUGAGCAGUGAGCCUUUCAACAAGCUCGUCGCGAGAUCACAUCGUGCACUGGGGCCAUUCUUCGAGAGCAGCUCGUGACAGCCUUGCUUCUGAGCCUCUUCUGAGCCUAUUAGGCGAAGGGACUGUGGCAGUGUGGGGGGGAAUGCCCCAUAUUCUAUCGGCCAUUGGCCAUCGAAAGGUCUGAAGGCGAAGGGCGGGAUCUCUGCCGGCGCUUCUUGGGCCGCCGCAGGAGUCAAGAUAUGGGUAUUGAUGGCGUGAAGGACGCAGCCGUCGGGACUGCCAAGAGGGUUGGUGGCAUUUUGGGAGCAUCCAUGGUAGUCAAAGCGGCAGCCAAUGUUGGAGCCGGUUUGGCCUUGAAGGCGGCCGGCUUCUCGGCAGCCGGCCCAGUUGCCGGCUCUUACGCGGCAUCUUGGAUGUCCGCUAUUGCGACCGCCAAUGGUGGCGGAGUUGUGGCAGGGUCCACAUAUGCCGUGUGUCAAAGCGUAUCCAUGGGCACGGGGGCGGUCGUUGGGGCACCUCUUGCAAUAGGUGUUGCUGCGGCUGUGGUUUUGGAAGCUGAUGAAAUUGCACAUCUGGUAAGAAGGCAGAGCCUUUACCAAGAAGGAGCUCAAGCAAGGAGAAAAUUACAGUCAGCCACAGCCUAUGUUUACAAUGAGCUGCAGCUGUACAGUGCCGUGAACGACGUGACCAUCACAACGAUCAGUGUCGAGAGCGACAUUGUCCGAACGUCAGCCUAUGCAAGCCUUGCAAUCACUGCCCCUUCAGCCUCUCCUAGUAGGAGUUUGCUCAUCAUUGGGGGCGCAGCUCCAAGCGCCAGUUGUGUACAAAGCAAGUGCACAAUCAAUGGCAACGGAAAUCAGUGCUUCUUCUCCUAUGGCUACACAGACGUAACAUUGCAGAACUUAAGGAUACAGAACUGCAACGGGACAACAUUGAGCGGUGGGGCACUCAGAAGCGCCCCCCCAAAUGCUGCAUCUUUCAGCUAUAUUGCAGUUCAAAGCGUUGACUUUAUUGGCAACGUCGCAAAGCAAAACGGCGGUGCUCUUGCCCUCUUUUCUGUCUAUGCACAAUUAGCAGUUGCCGACUCCACCUUCACGAGCAACAUUGCCACUCUCCAUGGCGGGGCGAUUUACAUCAGUGGGGGACCUUCUUUCACCGUCUCGAACUCUACUUUCACUACAAACACGGCGUCAGGAAGCAAUCGUGGAGGUGCGAUCUUCCUUCAAAACUCGGCCUGGUUCUCAAUCAGCACUUGCACGUUCGCGGGAAACAUUGCUCGCGCUGGAGGCGGCGCGGCCCUGGAGGGUUCCGCGCCUGGCACUCUUUACAACAACUAUUUUGCCAACAACUCGGUCACGGGAAACAACAAUGGUGGAGCUAUCCGCUAUUCAUCCUCGGGAACGAUUACCAAUACGUAUACCACUUUCUAUAACAACAAGCAACAAAACGGGGCCCUGAACGACGUUCGUUGCGAGCUUCAGAAUAUCACCUUCUGUCCACCGGAAGAUCUACCGCUGUACACCACGCAGAUCAACUCGGGCACCUGCAUCGCGGACUGUGAGUGCAGAAGGCUCUCUUACCUGAAUUGCUCCAUCAUUGAUGGCGGGAAGACGAUUGUGUUGGACGGAGGCGGUAGAAGGGACAAUCCCAUUUCGAAGCGGAUGCAAGAUUCUUCAUCUUCUUCAUCUCGAGGCCAGGGGCCGCUGUUCGGCCAAGCCUGA